GAGCUGGCCUUCGGAGCCAAGCAGGCCUGGCGGAACGCGGCACGCUGCGUCGGCCGCAUCCAGUGGAACAAGCUCCAGGUGUUCGACGCCCGGGACUGCGCGGGGGUGGGGGAGAUGUUCAGCCUCCUCUGCUCCCACAUCCAGUUCGCCACCAACCGCGGCAACAUCCGGUCUGCCAUCACCAUCUUCCCGCCGCGGGCACCGGGACGGGGUGAUUUCCGCAUCUGGAACCCGCAGCUGAUCCGCUACGCCGGGUACCGGCAGCCCGACGGCUCCGUCAGGGGUGACCCCGCCAACGUGGACAUCACCGAGCUCUGCAUCCAGCACGGCUGGACCCCCGGGGGAGGCCGCUUCGACGUGCUGCCGCUGCUGCUGCAGGGCCCCGAGGAGUCCCCCGAGCUCUUCCCGCUCCCCCCGGAGCUGGUCCUCGAGGUGCCGCUCCAGCACCCCACGCUGGAGUGGUUCUCGGAGCUGGGGCUGCGCUGGCACGCGCUGCCAGCCGUGGCCAACCUGCUGCUGGAGAUCGGGGGGCUCGAGUUCCCCGCGGCCCCGUUCAACGGUUGGUACAUGGGCACCGAGAUCGGCUCCCGCAACCUCUGCGACCGCCACCGCUACAACAUCCUGCCCGAGGUGGCCCAGCGCAUGGGGCUGGACACGGGGACCAGCUCCUCCCUCUGGAAGGACCGGGCGGCCGUGGAGGUGAACGUGGCCGUGCUGCACAGCUUCCAGGUGGCCCAGGUGACCAUCGUGGACCACCACGCGGCCACCGAGUCGUUCGUGAAGCACCUGGCGGCGGAGGGGCGGGCGCGGGGGGGGUGUCCCGCGGACUGGGCCUGGAUCGUGCCCCCCCUCUCGGGCAGCCUCACCCCCGUCUUCCACCAGGAGAUGGUCAACUACCAGCUGCGGCCCACCUUCCGCUACCAG